CAAAGAUGAUUCUCAUGGCGGCUCUUAUCUUCUUUAUUCUGUGAGCCCACCACUCAACAUUACCAUAUAAAUAGGAUGAAGCAGCUUCGCCAAUAGCGCACCCACAAGAUAAUCUGAUAGCCCUUUUCUUUUCUUGAUUUAUAUUAUCUGGGUUUUGUAUUUAUGGAUUCAAGAAAGUUUAUCCUGGUUGCACUUUCACUUGUGCUGGUGUUGAAGGUGUCUGAGAGUUUUGAUUACCGGGACGAGGAUCUCACUUCAGAGGAAAAUCUCUGGAAAUUAUACGAGCGAUGGAGAAGCCACUACACAGUUUCUCGCAGUCUGGCUGAUAAAAGGCAGCGUUUCAAUGUGUUCAAAGAAAACUUGAAGCAUGUUCAUAUGGUGAACCAGGAGGAUAGGCCUUAUAAACUGAGAUUGAAUAAGUUUGCUGAUAUGACUAACCAUGAGUUCAUGCGACACUAUGGAAGCGCUAAGGUUAGCCAUUACAGGUCACUCCAUGGAUCUCAGCAGCAAACUGGUUUCAGCCAUGAGAACAGUGAACUCCCACCAUCAGUUGAUUGGAGGAAGAAAGGAGCCGUCGCUGAAGUCAAGGACCAGGGCCAUUGUGGUAGCUGUUGGGCAUUUUCAAGUGUAGCUGCAGUGGAGGGUAUUAACAAAAUAAGAACAGGAGAACUAUUAUCUCUAUCUGAGCAGGAGCUAGUUGAUUGCAACACUGUUAACAAUGGCUGUGACGGAGGAUAUAUGGAAGAGGCAUUCAAGUUUAUCAAGAAAAAUGGUGGCUUAACAACAGAGGAGAACUAUCCUUACACUGGUAGAGAUGGAUCCUGUGACUCAUACAAGAUGAAUGCUCCGAUGAUAACCAUUGAUGGGUAUGAAACAGUACCUCCAAAUGAUGAACAUGCAUUGACAAAAGCUGUUGCUAAUCAACCUGUAGCAAUUGCAAUGGAUGCUGGUGGCAGGGAUCUUCAGUUCUAUGCCGAGGGAGUAUUCAGUGGACGCUGUGGAACAGAGCUAAACCAUGGAGUGGCACUUGUGGGAUAUGGAGCAACACAUGAUGGGACAAAAUACUGGAUAGUGAAGAAUUCAUGGGGAACUGAAUGGGGAGAAAAUGGAUACAUCAGAAUGGAACGAGGAAUCGGAGCAAAAGAGGGAAUGUGUGGUAUAACUUUGGAGGCCUCAUACCCUGUGAAGAAUGGUUCAGACAACAAUCAGAAUGCAGCAGCCUCUUGUCGUAGGGAUGAACUCUAG